CCUUCACCGGAACCCGCCGCCAGUCCCUGUCGCUCCCGUCCCUGUGAAGGGAGCGGCUUCUAACAGACGGCGCUGGGCUGACUCUCCAUCAUGCCAGGCCUGCUUAGUCUCCCAACAUUCUGCCACUUCCUUCUCCCCUGGGCCCUCGCCAUCUUCCACAAAGCGCUGGGGGACCUAGCACCCCACCCCGGCCCCCACUACCUCCUGCCCCCCAUCCACGAGGUCAUUCACUCUCGUCGUGGGGCCACGGCCACGCUGCCUUGCGUCCUGGGCGCCCCGCCUCCCAGCUACAAGGUCCGCUGGAGCAAAGUGGAACCGGGGGAGCUCCGGGAAACGCUGAUCCUCAUCACCAACGGCCUGCACGCCCGGGGCUACGGGCCCCUGGGGGGGCGCGCCAGGAUGCGGAGGGGGCAUCGGCUGGACGCCUCCCUGGUCAUCGCGGACGUGCGUCUGGAGGACGAGGGCAGGUACCGCUGUGAACUCAUCAACGGCAUCGAGGAUGAGAGCGUGGCGCUGACCCUGCGCCUGGAGGGUGUGGUGUUCCCGUACCAGCCCAGCCGGGGCCGGUACCAGUUCAAUUACUACGAGGCGAAACAGGCGUGCGAGGAGCAGGACGGGCGUCUGGCCACCUACGCCCAGCUGUACCAGGCGUGGACCGAGGGCCUGGACUGGUGCAACGCCGGCUGGCUGCUCGAGGGCUCCGUGCGCUACCCCGUGCUCACCGCGCGCGCCCCGUGCGGUGGCCCGGGGAGGCCCGGGAUCCGCAGCUACGGGCCCCGCGACCGGAAGCGCGACCGCUACGACGCCUUCUGUUUCACUUCGGUGACUGCAGGCCACGUGUUCUUCGUGCCCGGGCGGCUGACGCUGUCUGAAGCGCACGCGGCGUGCCGGCGGCGCGGGGCCACGGUGGCCAAGGUCGGGCACCUCUAUGCCGCCUGGAAGUUCUCGGGGCUGGACCAGUGCGACGGCGGCUGGCUGGCGGACGGCAGCGUGCGCUUCCCCAUCACUUCGCCGCGGCCGCGCUGCGGGGGCCUCCCCGACCCCGGCGUGCGCAGCUUCGGCUUCCCGCGGGCGCAGCAGGCGGCCUUCGGGACGUACUGCUACUCGGAGUAGGGCCGCCGCGGCCCCCGUCCCGCAGCCUGCCACGGUCGGGGUCCCGGGGUCCCAGGGUCCCGGCCGGGCGGGGGAGGGGAGGUGGCGGCGCCCUGCGAGAGGGGGGACACACCCCCCCCCCCCCGGACGCUCGCACCCGGACCGGCGGCCGUUCGCGCGCUCCCGCGGCCGCUGCUGGGGGAGGGCGAGCGCCCGGGGCAUUAACCCACUUCUGUACACAGCAGUUAAGUAACUUGAGGACUUUGUGUGUCGAGGCGGGGCGGGGGUGGGGGUGGGCACGGGGUGGCCUUGGGCCCAUCCGGCCGACCACGCUCCCGGGGAGACGGUCAGAGGUGGGGCCCCUGCCGCUGGGAGCGAGCCUGCCGGACGGCGGGGGUCCCGAGGAGGGGGCCCCAGAGGUCGAGGGGGACUGCGAGCACCGCGGGCGGCAGAACCCGGGGACGACGCGGGAGAACGCGGGGUGCUGUUGCGCCGGGCGCCACGCGGGGGCGCCACGCACCCACCGGAGACUGUGGUUCAGCUCGGCCCGAGCGCUCCAAACCCUCAGGCCUGCCCGCUGGGCACCACGGAACGAGCAAAGAUGAGCCUAGACAUAUUUCACAAUGUGUUUGUAUCCUGCCAGUCUCCUACCCUGUGUAGGAAACUCGUAGCGUUGUUCCGCCGACGGGAAGCUGACCCGUGCUCGGGGAGGAGGCGGCCAACACCAGCACCAGCUAAGGCCACCAGCCACCUGCCGGGCUGAGCCUUGAGGGGACUGUGUGUCCGGCAGCCGCGAGGCGAAGCGGGGAGCUGGACCGGGAGCAUUCUUAACAUCCGGCUGCGGGAAACAGACCGGGAACUCAAGACACAAGCUCAAUUCUCAUUAAUUCGUUUUUCUUUAAUAUGUAUACUAUUUUAAUUAAUUGACUAAUUCGUUUGUUUAUUCAUUUUACUGUUCAAGCAAUCUAACUGCACCGCAACAAGCUUGGGCUAGUGACUAACCACUGGAGCAAAGGGUAUGAACUUUCUCAUGGUGCUUGAUAUAUAUGUUGUAAAACUGCUUUCCGUGAGGGUUCUUGGCUGUAAUUGUUAAAGGGAAGUCAUCUCAUGGGGUUUUAUAUAAAGGACAACGAAUGAUCAAA